CUUACACUUAUUUAUAGCAUUAACUAACAAUUUCACCGUCAACUUGUCCUCUGUCUUCGUUCUUUGCAAAGUAUAAACCAGGACUGAAUAUCUCUUCUUCUUUUUUUCCUCUUGAUUUGUGAACAAAUUGGGGAGAAUUUUGCAACAGAAGAGGUAGAGAGAGAAAAUUGUUAUUGGGUAUUGAAUUGAUGUUGGUAAGGUGAUUGGAAACAAUGGAGAGGGGGUAUGCGGGGAGUUAUCUGUACGAGGAUGGAGUGGUGAUGACCAGAGACUCAAAGCCAAGGCUCCGAUGGACUGCUGAUCUUCAUGAGCGAUUCGUGGAUGCUGUAACCAAACUUGGUGGCCCUGAUAAAGCAACUCCAAAGUCCAUGUUGAGGUUGAUGGGCUUGAAGGGGUUGACAUUGUACCAUUUAAAGAGUCAUUUACAGAAAUAUAGGAUGGGACAGCAGGCUCGGAAACAGAAUGGUGGAGAACGAAACAACGAGAGUGGUGGGGGCUUAUAUGUUCAGUUCAGCAAUCAAUCCUCUGGGACUAGUACCAGUUCAUCAAGAGUGGAUAGCAGAGAAGGAGAUAUUCCAAUUGCUGAAGCUCAGAAGUUCCAGAUUGAAGUGCAAAACAGUUUACAAGAACAGCUUGAGGUGCAGAAGAAACUACAAAUGAGAAUAGAAGCCCAGGGGAAGUACUUACAAACUAUGCUGGAGAAAGCCCAGAAUUGUUUCUCACUAGAUGUGAGUUCCAAUAUGAAUCUAGAAGCAGCAAAAUCUCAAUUGACGGACAUCAAUUUGGCUAUAUCGGGUCUUAUGGAGAAUAUGAAUGCAGAAUCCUUGAACGGAUCAAGGACCGCAGCUGCAAGGAACAGUCACUAUAACAAGGCAAAUAGUUCGACUUUUCAGUUUCACGGAGAAAGAGAAAGAGAAGAAGCCAUAAACGUCAAGGUCGAAGAAGGUUUGAUGCAUUUUGACCUGAAUACCAGUAAUAGCUAUGACUAUGUUGCUGCAAAUGGAUCUGAAUUGGAACUCACCAUGCUUUCACAUUGAAAAUAAAAUACCACCAUUUGGAAUAUUCAUUA